AUGGAUGAAUGCCAGCUGGCCGAGGUGAUUGGACUGCAGGCCUGCCCCCCGCACUCCACCUGCCGCAACACGCUCGGCUCCUUCAGCUGCACAUGUGACCCCGGCUUUGUCUUUGGGUUGGAUGGAAAGCAAUGUGUUGAUGUGGACGAGUGCGCGUUUGAAGAGGAAUGCCGCCGGGAGCUGGGGAACGCGUGUUUGAACGCGGAGGGGAGUUAUCGCUGCAGCUGCCAGUCAGGAUUCCAGGAGUCGGGAUUCUCCUGCCUCGAUGUAGAUGAGUGUGAGAACGAUCCUUCCAUCUGCUCUGGAAUCGGCGUCUGUGAGAAUGUGGUGGGAACUUACCGAUGUCGCUGUCGUGCUGGUUACCGCGGCAAUGGAACAUUUUGUGAAGAUGAGAAUGAGUGCACUUCUGGAAAACAUGGCUGUGACACCAAUGCCCAAUGUGGUAAUGUUAUUGGCUCCUAUUUUUGCCAGUGCUACCGGGGAUUUAAUGGAGAUGGCCACAGCUGCUUUGACAUCGAUGAAUGUUCUGUGGAUAAUGGGGAUUGCCAGCAGCUGUGUGUCAACCAGGCCGGCAGUUUUCAGUGCCGGUGUCACCAGGGAUAUAAACUUGUGGAAGAUGGCAAGAACUGCACAGAUAUCGAUGAGUGUCAGGCUGGAAAUGACGUCUGUCAGCAGAUCUGCAGGAACACGUAUGGCUCAUAUGAGUGUUCGUGUCGGAAGGGGUUUCAGUUACACGUGGAUCGCCGUCAGUGUGUGGAUAUUGACGAGUGUAAAAUGGAUAACGGGGGCUGUUCUCACACCUGCAACAACACGGAGGGCGGCUUCACCUGCCACUGCCCGGCGCACCAGGCACUGCUGAGAGACCACAGCACAUGCAUCAAUAUCACCUCCUGCGAUGUGAGAAAUGGUGGCUGUGAGCAUCUGUGCGGCGACAGGCAGGAAGGCGGCAUUGCGUGUCGGUGUCGGGUCGGCUGGACGCUGAGCAGCAAUGGGAGGAGCUGUGAUGAUGUGGAUGAAUGCGCAGACUUCACCCGCGGAGGAUGUGAGCAGGUCUGUGAUAAUUAUCCCGGGACUUACAACUGCAGCUGUCAUACCGGCUACAUCGUGCGCUCCGAUGACCCCUCCAGGUGCCAAGCGGUGUGCAACCCCCCAUGCCAAAACUAUGGAGUCUGUGUGGCCCCUGACACAUGUAACUGUCCUGCAGGCUACCCGGGGCCUGGCUGCUCAGCCAUGUGUUCCCCGCCUUGUGCUCACGGAGGGACCUGCAUGCGACACAACCUAUGUGCCUGCCUCAACGGAUGGACGGGACCCGGCUGCCAGACAGCGGUGUGCGAGUUACCGUGCGCUAAUGGUGGUCGCUGUGUAGCGCCUCACACCUGCCAUUGCCCAUCUGGAUACAGCGGAGAGCAGUGCCUGACACCGCUCUGUUACCCCCCAUGCCAGAACGGAGGGAAAUGUAUUGAUGUCAACAAGUGUGUGUGUCCCAGUGGGUGGCUUGGUGCACGCUGCCAGAUAGAGCCUAUUCGCUGUGAGAAGCCAUGCCAGAGUGGAGGCAGAUGUAUAGGGUACAACCUCUGCCAGUGUCCUGCAGGAUUCCUGGGGCCCCAGUGUGAAUCAGCUGUGACCGAGCCCUGUGUACCCCCCUGCCAGCAUGGGGCGUCCUGUAAACCAUACAAUAAGUGUGAGUGUGUGACUGGCACUGCAGGACAUCGCUGCGAGAAGCUAACCUGCCCAAUUGUCACAAUGAAAAUGAGCACAGCCCGAGCAGUACGCCAGGGCGUGAGAGAGAGUUACGUGGAACGCUGUGGCCCCCUGGGCGUCCAGCUCUGCACCAAAUACCGACUCAAUCAGGUCCGGGUCUAUGUCCAGGCGUACAAAGUGGGCUACAGAAUCCAGUGUCCCACCUAGCCCAGAUUACAAGGACAGGGACGACCCCUGCAGACCCUCACAUCUCAUCCAGGACUCAAUGAUCAGCACUGAGUAGUGGCGAGAGACGAUGGACAAUACUCAGAUUCUCUUUCUUGUCCCUCAUUAAUGAUGUUUCCAGACUUCACAGACGCAGGAUCCCAGAAUCCUCUCCAUUGUACAUUUACUUCUCUUGGCUGUAUAUAUUGGUACUGAGAGCACGGUAAACCAUCUGACAGGAAUAAAUACCACGUGCGCACACUGCUGUGUGAUGUCAUUCUCCUCCGCGGGGAACCUCUGAAGAAAGGGAGCCUCCCUGGGCAGGCAGGGCCUUGAGACGAUGUUCACUAUUCCUGUAGAAGAUCACAGGGUACAGAGGCCGCCUGUUCUCUUAGGAACACAGCAAUGUCAUCAUCACACCACAGAGGACCAGCCAGAUAAUACACAGUAACACAGGUUUUGUGGCAGAGCAAAGUGUGAACUUUACGAUUUUACAUUAUUAAACUGUA